AUGGCUUACCAGAGAAUUUCUAAGUCGGCAACCCCAUCUAUGGAGAGCCAGUCACAAGACCCCUACAUCGCGCAAGAUCCUUCAGUGACAUCCCAGUCCGAACGAAUGGACGACGACUUUGCGCAGCCUGAACAGCACACAUCACAGGCCCUCUUAUCUCGAAUCGAACACAAUCCAGCUGCUACACGCGUGUUCUGGUUCUUUCUGCUGUGGUAUAGUUUUGGAAACAUCACUGGAGGCCUGAACGCAAUUGCAGGAAGCUGUCCUAAGAAUCCAAGAGCCUCCUGUGCCAUUGGUGCGAUUCAAUUUGUCAUGGGAGUGAUUGGAGCAGCUGCAGGUGCGUACGGUACCUACUUUGGAGCGUUCAAACGUGACCUUGACGGCUCGCCUGUCUACCACAUCCACGAAAAGCCGAAAUGGCCCACUCGUUCUUUCAAACGCGGCGUGGACCUCAGCGAUAUGCUCCGCCAGCACAACGCAUCGGUACCUGCCAAGAUUGUGUAUCAUCAUCUCGAUGGAAGUGAGACUGUAGGUCUUUACCACUUUAACUCGGAGACGAGAAUGCACCACACAUUUGCUGAUAUGGCGCUGACUCACAACCUGACUCGGCGCGAGGUGGUUGGUGGUAAUGACGGUUAUGGGGGCUCAAUCCAUGACGACAACACUGCGACUUACAGGAAUGUGGCGCAUGGAAGAGGCGACACAAAUGAAUGGGCACAACUUGCCUACGAUCAAAUGGACGGAGGCAACAACGAUUCUGUCUGCAUGGGAAUGGUUGAUCCUGAUAACAACGAAAACGUUGCCGUCGUCCGUUUGCAGCCUGCCACCAACGGUGAUUAUAACGGCCUGAACACUAACGCUUGCAAUGGCCAUGGUUUCCGCAAAAGACAACCCAUACCGGAAUCAGAUGGAAUCAUUUGCCAGCAACUUUGCGUCGUCACCUCUGGUCCGAAGAGCCAGUGCCUCGAAGCCGGCGGUGGUUGCCUCGCUACGAACGGGGCCUGCGGUGCCAACCUCAACCAGCCAACACGAGCUUGCGACGGCAUCGUCUGCGGUAUGCGACGCCAGUGCGAUUGA